UCCUCCCUUCCCCGGCCGGGCUUGUCUCCUGUCGCUGCUGUUUGUGUGUCACUGAGACAAGAGAGACGCACGGGUUUCAAAAAGAUGGCGGCCACUUCAUCCGAUAGCGCUGAGCAAGACUCCCCCUCACCCAGCAACGAAAACGGGGCGCCACCGCCAGGUGAGACCGAGGACGAGCUGCGGGGCCUGCAGCUUCCAGAACCGAAGCAGAGCGACGAAGAGAAAAUGGAAGAGGGAGGAGAGGGAAAGGGUGAGAGAGAGGUUAGGGGAGACGGGGACAGAAAAGCUGCUGCAGAAGAAGAGGAUGAAGAGGAGGAGAUAGGUAGCGUGAGCGCCGGUGGCGAGGAGGAGACCUCUGAGCAGCAAAGCCCGGCUAGCAGCAGCGAGACCGGGGACGGCCCGGAGAAAGAGCUCAAACAGGAUCAAAGCGGGGAGUUCGAGUCCGGAGACUGCAAUCAGAAGAGCAAAGCUGCAGAGGACACCCUCGACAAGGGCAACACCACGGGCGGCGUAGUCAGCGAGCAUGCUAACAAGAGACGGGCCAGUGUGGAAAUAUCAUCCUCGGACGGGGAGCCCCUAAGCCGCAUGGACUCUGAGGAUAGUAUAAGCAGCACCCUAAUGGACAUGGACAGCACAGCGUCGAGCGGGCGAUCAACGCCGGCAAUGAUGAAUGGCCAAGGAAGCACGACACCAUCCACCAAAAGCAUUGCUUACAACUGCUGCUGGGACCAGUGUCAAACCUGCUUCAACUCCAGCCCAGACCUGGCAGAGCACAUCCGCUCCUUUCACGUGGAUGGACAACGGGGAGGGGUUUUUGUCUGUUUAUGGAAAGGCUGCAAAGUAUAUAACACACCGUCUACCAGUCAAAGUUGGCUGCAGAGGCACAUGUUGACGCACAGUGGAGACAAACCAUUUAAGUGCGUGGUUGGCGGAUGUAAUGCCAGUUUUGCGUCUCAGGGCGGACUGGCCCGGCAUGUUCCCACGCACUUCAGCCAGCAGAACUCCUCUAAAGUCUCCAGCCAGUCAAAGGUCAAGGAAGAGUCUCCGUCCAAAGCGUGCCUGAACAAGCGCAAGAGGCUCAAGAACAAGCGGCGGAGAUCAUUGCUAUUGCAGAUGACUGGAGGAGAGGCCAUACACCAGCAAGUGACCAAAGCAAGGCCACAUGACUUCUUUGACGCACAAACGAUGGAUGCCAUACGGCAUAGAGCUAUCUGCUUGAACCUCGCGACGCACAUAGAAAGCCUGGGGAAUGGACACAGUGUUGUAUUUCAUAGCACAGUAAUAGCAAGAAGGAAGGAAGACUCUGGGAAGGUGAAAAUCCUGCUCCACUGGACACCCGAGGACAUCUUGCCAGAUGUGUGGGUAAAUGAAAACGACCGGCCUCAGCUAAAGACCAAGGUUGUACACUUGUCAAAGCUACCACAAGACACUGCUGUGCUAUUAGAUCCUAAUAUUUACAGUGCUUCCCAUUGAUUGAUUGCCAUCAGUUAGAUGGUUUCCAGCCAGCGGCAUUAGGUCAUUGCUAGAGUCAGCAGUCUAGCUAUUCUGUGACGUCAAUGGAUGAAAGCUACCAGCAGGGCUAAGCAAACAGUUUCAAUUAAGCCUUUUAUCACCUGGAAUGUUUUCUCGUUAACCAGCUGCUGCAGGGCGCUGGCUUUUUGAACUUGGGAGAAAAUAAGAGACCUAAACUAAAGUCUGUUUGACUUUGCCUCUAAACUAAACUUUUAUUUUGGCAUAUUCAAAUUUUUUUUAUUUUAUUUUUAUUUUUUUGGUGCAGGCAAUGUGUAAAUAACUAGUAUUUUCCUGAAAUGGAAAGUUUUUCUUUGUUUUCCUGCAUAAAAUCAUGUUUUAAAAAAAAAAGUGCUUAUUUUUAUUUGUUAAAAAAAACUAAAAUGAAGACCCACUAAGCACUACCUUGUUGUAAACAUGAAAAGAAGCUAUCCAUGCAAAACGGUGCUAGAAAUUUAAAAAGCUAGUUCUUGAGAGUGCCAACCUGUUACAAAGUCACCUCCUGCUGUUAGAAAAGCAAAGCACGGGAACUGUUAGUUUGAAUAGACUCGUGUUACUUGCUUUGAUAAUCUUUUUCAUAGUCUUGCCCCAUGUGUUAGUAGAUCAGUGAAUGCUCUCUAGUAAAAGGCGAUGUCAUAAAGUCGCAGGGUUGGUUUAAAGCCCCAUGCACUUGCUGUAGGGAGUCCUGUCCUAUCAUGACUCUUACAGCUCUGUUAAUCCUGUUGUGCUGCACUUUCUUUUAUUUGAGUUUUUUUUUUUUUCUUUACCUGAUAGUUAAAGUAUUUCAGGUGAAGAAACCCUGCAUUGGCCAAUGAUCAGACUAAAACAAUAAUUAACUUUACACCUGGCUCCUAGCAAAGAGCUCACAUAUCAAUGAAUCGGCGAGAAGCAAAUUGCUCAGCUAACUGGAACUUUUCCCAUUUGCUGACUUUAGUAUAGUACUUACUAAGGAAGCACUUGGUUGCAAGGUGAUGUGUUUGUUAAACUGGAAAAGUGUCUGUGUGCUGGUGGUCUAUACUCUUUAUUACAUAGAUGUUGGGGUUACAUUAGAUUCUGCUGUGAUGGAUUCCAGCCCUUUUUAAAUGCAGAAUGUUAAAGGAAAUUCUAGGUUCCAAAUGUGUAAAGUCUGUUGUACAGCCACUGCAUUGAUGUUGUAAAAAAAUGAAUGUGUAAGGUCUUGUAUCACAAGAUCCACUUGCAGUUCACACACAAGGCUGCUGUGUUGCAGACGGUUUGCUAGUGGCAUAGUUACAUUUUGCUUUCUUUUUUUAGAAUUUAUUUUAAUUGUUUUGUAUUUGUUCUUGUUUGUGUAUCAUAUAUGUGUUAAUGUGCAGUAGCUUUCCAAGUUCUUCAAUAAUAGUAACAGCAAUACGAUUCCUAUAAAUAAACAUGCACACAUGGAAGCAGAUUAUGUACAUAUAUAGCAAUUGCAAAAGUUUUGUAAUAUGAUGGUUGGAUUCUGGUCUGUAAGGACUGGUGAUAUUUUGGAUCAGAAAUGUUAUGAAAGGCUGCUCAAAAAUCUAUACUGGCAACGUGAAACGGUCAAUUUGUUUUUUUUCUAAACUAGCCUGAAUUCGCAGUGUUUAGCCAGUGCUGGUUCUAGCUUUACAUUUCAGUUGAAAGGACUCCGUUCUGUACCUGUGAAUACAUCUGUACUGGCAGUGGUGCUUCUCUGUCUCUUCUGUAGCAGUGUCCGCUGUACGUCCUGUAUUUGCACACUCAUGUUCGGGUUCAAGAAAACCGACAUACCAAACAUAUCAAGCCUCUCCUGCUAUCUGCCAAACAACCAAAUAAGUAUAUGUGUCUCCUUCUAGCCUUGUCCUUUUACAGAGAGUGUUUGUUGUUUCUCUGCAGAACAUUGCCACAGAAGAGGCUGAAGCGGAGGUAAGCCACUGCGCUCUGCAAGCGCAACGCUCCCCAACAUUAACUGAAAUUGAAGUAAAACGAUUUUACACAUUUUAAAGCCACUUUCAAUCCCAAUGUAUUCGAUGUAAUAUUUGUUCUUUACCGGAAGGUAGAUCUUUUUCUGACUACAUCUGAUAGAUAUGAAACCGAGCUGUCACGGUGACUCGGACUAUGAAAAACAUUUGUUCUUUUUUGUACAGCAGGUUUAUAGUGUACCAGUGUACAUACAUUAUAGAUGUAGAAUUAAAUGUAUUUGCUGGGGGUAAAAAAUAGUCAACUUUAAAAAGCAAAUCAUGCGGCAUAAAAUAAAAAUCUUUGAAAAAUUUCGCGAGCAAAUUGAAAACAUUUCACAACAUUUCUGAUUCCUGGUUAACCUACAUGUCCCUGCUGAGGUCAGUAAGAAGUGUGUGAGUGAACUGCAGGCACUGAAAAUAAGACGAGUGUCUUUGCAUUUGCAGACAGUAUUCAGAACAAGAGGAAGCUGUCUUGUCAUUGUGUGCUUGUCUGGAUUAGGAGGUGUGGGGGGAGGGGGGGGGGUGUAAAAGACUUAAUGUAUUCAGAACCCUAUUGAACCUAAAGUAUGCAGCACAUUUCUGUAUAUGAUGUCUCUUAUGUAAAUGUAAUUUGCUUGUUUGUAGAUUUUUUUUUGAGGGUUGGGGGGUAAAUUUACCAUGUAACAGUUAGUCUAAUAGACGACACAAUGUUGCGUGUAGAAAUAGUGCCUGUAAAUACUUUUGCAGAUUUUGUAAUAUAUUUUUAUACCAUGUUUUUUUUUUUUUUUUGUUUGUUUGUUUUUCUCCUAGAAGCAUGACAUUUGAAUUGUACAUAAUAUGGUAGGGAUAAUGUUGAAGGAUAAUGAAAUUCUAUAGUUUAUGACAGUAACUUUUGAAAACAGAAGCACCUUUCUUGCUAACAAUACAAUAUGUAGUGACCUGAUUUAGUGGAUUGUGUGCUCCAGCUGCUCCUGCUUGGAUCUGUUGAGUGCUGCGCUGGAUUUAGUCUGCCUACAGCAUGUGAAAAUCUGCAAAUCUGUAAUGCAUUGCUUAGUUUGUAACAAAAGAAGGUCAAAUCAGUUUUAUUCUUGAGCACUUGAUCAUUCUCAGCCUCUUAAUUCUGUAGCUUUGGUUGUCAGCUAUGUUUUUGUAAUAAAACAUUGAAAUGGAAAACGCUGUGUGCAUUUG